AGCCAAAUCUCUCAGUUCGUUAUACUAAUUUCGUUUUGGUUGUGUUUAAUUUUUCUUCUUCUUCUCAUUUUACGCAAAUUUGCAAUAAAUCAGGAAGCCUUUGGAUAUUUCACUCAAGUUUGACUUGAUAUGUACGAUUUAAAUGCAUUAUGGGGUUAUGCAGGAUAAGGACAGGGAUCAAAGGGCCCUCAAUUGCGGAGUACACGAGGCACGGAAUCCGAGGCAGCUGACGUGGGAACAAGAACAUUUGCGAGCAUUGAUCGGAAAUAGACUGAAUAGUAAAUUAAUUUAAAUAAAAAAAAAAUAAACGAAGAAACAAAAUUAAUAGAAAGUCAAUAGAAAUAGUUAUUGAAUUAGUGAUAUAUAAUAAGGGUAUUGGAGAGCUGGUCAUCAAUAAUAAAUAAGAGAUGAAUAUACGGAAUCCCUUCAUCAUUCUACUGCUGGUUUACUCGGGGAACGCAGUGCAACAGGAAGCUGACGGCGCAUCGCAUCAGGUCAUCGUCGCAUCCGCACCGUCGGAUCGACAUGGCCUCGUCGAGAGAACGGGGACCCAGCAUCUUCAUAUGAAGCGGGUCUUCCCUAUCAUGUUUGGACGAUCUCUGAAUCCAAACAGUACCUUUCUGGAGUGCAGCAAGUCUAUCGAAGAGUUCCCGGAAUUCUUCACCGAGGAGCAGAGAAAGCAGGGAGCAGUUAUCUUGGCGUUCGUCAUCGCCAUCUACUGUUUCUCGAUCAUCGCGAUCAUCUGUGACUCCUACUUUCUGCCCUGCGUCGAGAGAAUCUGCGAGCAUCUCAAUUUAUCUCAGGAUGUGGCCGCAGCUACUUUCAUGUCCGUUGCGACAUCUGCCCCUGAGCUCUUCGUGAACAUCAUCGGAACUUUCGUGACGCGCUCCGAUAUAGGUAUCGGAACUGUAGUCGGAUCGUCGAUGUUCAACACGUUAGGCGUAGCAGCCAUCGGAGGUCUUGCCAGCAAAGCGCCAAUUCAGCUGGACUGGUGGCCUUUGACGCGCGACACCGUCAUCUACGUCAUCGCCAUAAUCCUGCUGGUGGGCAUCACCUGGGAUGGUCUUAUCCACUGGUACGAGGCUAUGAUUCUCUUCAUCGUUUACUUUAUUUAUUUCACAAUCAUGUUCAACAACGUUCGAAUAUCGAAUUUCUUCAAGCGCUGCUUAAAGAAAGAAAUUGUUCCAGAAGUGUCUAACGAUCAAGUAACGAGCUGCAUCGAACUGAAAACGGUCAGCUGUAUCGAGAGCACCAAACGCUAUGAGGAGCAGAUCAACGAGCCAGAUCGAAACAACAAUCCGCAAAGCGAAGACGAAGCCGACCAGAUUGAAACCAUCUUUAAAAUUCCUACUGGAAGAUGGUGGAACAAGCUGUUCUUCAUCUACAAUUGGCCAAUUAAGUUCAUGCUCUUCAUCACAGUUCCAGAUUGCAGGAAGCACAGACGGAUUUACCCUCUCACGUUCAUCAUGUGUGUCAUUUGGAUUGGGCUCAAUUCAUACAUGGUUUCUUGGAUGAUCACUGUAAUUGGUUACACUUUGGGUAUCCAAGAUUCUAUUCUGGGUCUGACGUUCCUUGCGGCCGGCGGUUGUCUGCCCGAAGCCAUCAGCAUCACGAUUACCUCGAGAAAAGGAGAGGGUGCGAUGGGCGUUUCAAAUGCGCUGGGCGCGAACACCAUGAACAUCCUACUUUCCUUGGGUCUGCCGUGGUUCAUCAAGACGACGGUGGUGGGUCAGGCGAGGGCGAUGUCCGUCAUUCAGAUAGAAUCCGGUUCCAUCGAGUACACAAUUCUCGCUCUGAUCAUGGUCGCAAUCACGCUGUACCUGACGCUCUCCUGCAGCAAAUUCCGGCUCUCGAGGAUCAACGGCAUCGUUCUCAUCACCUUCUAUCUUCUCUUUUUGGUGUUGGCCAUCGUCUCAGAGCUCGUAUUCUCCAACAGAAUAGAAUGCCCCGAUUAGACUCGACUCGACAAAACUUUUUAUCCUCCUCCUCCAUCUACUCCUUCCUUAUUAACAAAUCCUAGACGUUUCACACGUUACGCAAAUAGUUUUGAUAUUUUUUAAACACAUUUUUAUUUAUAUUUAGCCGACUAAGAUUUUACUAUUUUUUUC